AUGGACGGAUUAUGUAAGCCACGACAAUAUAAAAUUUUCAAAGAUGCGUUUUUUACACCAGCCCUCACUUUCCCUCUGCAGCCACUAAUGCCGAAGUAUGUUUUCGAGAAUGGCCUAAGAAAAGUCCUACCGUACUAUGUCAACUAUCAAACACACGCAAAACAGAGAUGGGUGGGGCGUACCUUACUUGACACCUACAUCAAUGAUUUCGGUGAGCUGGCAGAGAGUGUAAUUAAGGACAUUGAACAAUGUAAACUAUAUAUUGUUAGCAAUGUAGGCACAUCUCUUCCUAGUGAGUCAUUGACUGGUUUUGAUGUAUUGUCACUGAGGAAAGUUGAGAGCAAGGACGUUAUCCACCAUUUAAAACACAAACACGAGCCAGCAAUACCUUGGCAUGGGGAAAUCCCCAUAGUUUACGAAGAUGAGGAAAUCAUCGUUGUAAACAAGCCGUCUGGAAUACCUACUCACCCUUCUGGUAACUACAACUGUAACACGCUUUCCGAAGUUGUCAAAGAUAUGUACGGAUUCGAUUCGAUUUGGACCUGUCAUCGUCUCGAUAAAGUAACAAGUGGAAUAUUAAUAUUAUGCAAAUCCAGGAAUUCUGCGGUCAAGUUCCUGAAUUUAUUGCAAGACAAGAGGAAUAGAGUUAGAAAAGUGUACUUGGCUAGAGUGAAAGGUGAGUUUCCUGUUGGGAAACAGAUCUACAACUGUCCCAUUUUUGCUGUAAACAUGAAUGGGUAUCUACAGCCUGGAGAUUUAAAGAACUUACAAGCAGAUACAACAACCAUAUUCCAAAGUAUAAAGUACAGUAAGAUCCUUGACGAAAGUGUUGUGAAGUGUCAGCCAAUAAGUGGAAAAUUUCACCAGAUUAGGAUUCAUUUACGUAAUCUAGGCUUCCCUAUAUCAAAUGAUCACUUUUAUAACCCUGAUGAAACAUCUAAAACGUAUUUUGCCAAAUCAAAGUUGGAAUUGGAGUUGUACGAAAAGUUGUUUCAAUCUCACCCUGAAUUCAAAUUCACAGCCGCAUCAGAUGAUCUACUCAAUAUUCCAAAAACUAUCAAUUUGUUAAACAUAAUCAACUAUAACGCAAAUCCCAUCAUACAAGAGCAGUUGAUGGAGCUCAAGCAUUCACACUCUGUCGACUUGAAAUCACGAAAGUCAACUAUAUGUCCAGAAUGUGAAAGACCGUUGUUUGAUGAAGAUUAUGUGGCAAACUCGUCAAUAUAUCUUCACGCAUACACUUUCGAGUAUGAUGAUAGCCGUUUUGAGACUGAGUUUCCACCUUGGGCAAAUAUUUGCUAA